GUACCAUGGCCCAAUUUUGUUCAUUUCAUUCACACAAUGAAGAUUUCAAUGAAAUAGAAAUUCUUCAUAACUUUGUGUUGUUCCUUGUUCUAUGAUUUAACCUAGUUCUUCAUAUUUCUUGGGAAGGAUCGGCGGACCACCGUGCUAAAAGUUGUUCUCCUACAUGAUUUUAUGGGCCAGACAUUUGUGAAAACGACCCUUAAAGUUGGUCGUCAAAAUAUUAUCACAUCAUGAUCAUCAGAAGUGACAGUCGAUUUCUAUGGAUCUGAACGAUAUGAACGGGACCAGUUCGUUAUUAUUUCAUGAUUGAUAAUGCUCAUCUAGAUCCUCACACCAUGGCCGCUUCAAAGAUUAGACAUCUACUCAGCCUCACUGCACUCGUCACUGCGUUCGUGACGGUGUUUGUCACAUCUCCCGUGAGGGGCUCUGCCGUGUGCCAGCUACACAACCAAAGAGAUAACGGAAACUUGGGUUUCGAAGAAAGUGACCUGAAGCAACUAGGGUACAGGCACAAGUACACCGAACUUCUCUGUGGAGCUCGCAACUUCUGCAACAUCCAGUGGACGAAGGGCGGCCAGUCACUCAACCUGUCCAAGAAUGUGGAGCUGAGAGACCGAAACCAGACACUGGUAUUUAAGAGUCUGGAUGAGGCAGACCGAGGGGUCUAUACUUGCAUGGCAUCAGAUGGCAAGACGACUAUCACGCGGAGGGUGACUUUAAUCGUCAUAGAGAGCUCAACGUCGCAAAAACCCGUCGACCUUCAGCAUCAGAGCUGCAGCAACGCAACAGCCAACAUCGGAGGCAGCGUCACCUUCUACUGUGAGUUCUUGGUGCCCAAGCAGGAUUGCGGAAACAGCCACGGCAGUUGGACAAUGGUGAACAAGUCCGCCCCCAUUGAUGAUCUGAGGUACGGAUAUGUGGACUUGUAUAAGAUGACUGGGGGCACAACCUUCAAUGAGACCGAGUAUCCACUGGAAAAAAUGGCUGAAAAUGGGGCAAAGUGUCAGUACACCGACUGCGACUCUCUGUUUGGUUUCAUGCUUGAGACCAACAAUAUCAGCCAGGACGCCUUUGGCACGUACCGGUUGACUGUCUACAGUAGUUGCACUGAUAAAACUGAGAAAUUUCUGGAGUUAAGCUAUGAGCCCCCAACUCUCCUACCGCGAGUGCAACCGAAAGACUGGCACGAGCACCUGACCAUCCCAUUGGCCUGUGUUGUGGGGGUCGCUAUCAUUGUCUUGGUGACCAGCUAUCGCUUCCGGACUGACUUCAAGUUGAGAUGGAAAGACUUUGCCGGCAAAAGAGAUGAGUCGAAGGACUAUGACGUGUAUCUGUCUUAUGACUGGAACAGCGAAACAGACCGAAGCUUUGCUAUCAGCUUAGUCAAACGCUUGGAAGAACGUGGCUACAAAGUCUCAUGGGAAAUGGACUGUUUACCUGGUGGAGAUACUGAUGAGGACAUUCUGGAAAUCCUAAAAACCAGCAGCCGUUGCGUCAUCAUCUUCAGCCCAGACUAUCUCGCCUCCCAUCGCAACCUCGACGUCGUUUACACCAUGGACAAUGUCCGCAACUACAAGCGUGAAAUCAUCCCCAUCAUCUACCGCGACAUCUCGUCGGCGAUGGCUGGCGAGGACCAGGGUGCACUCGUGAAGCAGAUCCUGUCCAUGCCGUGUCUGCACUACGACCGUCUGCAGCAGUCGCAGCCGCUGAGCAAGGCGCAGAAGAUCAUCAAGAGCGUGAUCGGGUCUCCGUAUUCGGAAAAGUCGCUCAACAAGGAAAUGUUGUUGAGACUGCCCCCUCCAGCUAGAACCCCGCCCCCAAGCAGCGCGGCAUCCGACUUAAACCUCGUCUCAUCUGAAGUCCCGCAGCACAUUUCGUCCAGAGAAAGCGUCAGCCAAUACCAACCAUCUUCGGAACUGCCCGCAAGCAAUGGCCUUACAACUGGACUCCUCUCUUUCCCGGAAUCGCCCAGGAAUGCAGAUUUACCCACAAUCCUGGCUAGCUCAAACAUCUACCCUGAUAUAAGCAGGUUGUCGAGUGUAGAGCUGAGUGUUUUCUGAAGCUCCGUUCUCCAAUUCUUUGAAGUCUGAAGAAUUGUUUUGUUCGUCCAACAACCCUCCCUGAUGAAAACUCCACCAGGAUUAUUUUUGUGAGGAUUUUGCAGGAUUAAGGAAGGCAUGGCCCAGCAACUAUUACAUGAGCCUUGAAUGUCUAAGUUCAAACAAUGUGCCAUUGGACGUCUGCAACAGUGUUGGUCUUUGAAGGAUUGAGAAAGGUAUAGCACAGCCACUAUUACUUUGCAUGGGGCUUGAGACCACUUGAAACUUGGUAGGUACAAAGAGUGUGCUAUUGGAUGCCUGCACAGUGUUUGAUUUUGAAGGUUGCAGGAAGGCUCCUAGGAAAACUCCUCAUGGAUUGAGGGUUCAUUUUUCAAAACUGAGAAUGACUUUAUAGCCUGUUAAAAAUCUUUAUUUUUUUUCUGCAAAACUCUGUUUAUUUUGCCUUGCUUUUUUACCUUUAAAAACUUCCAAAGAUGUUUUUAAAGAAAUUAUCUGUUCCUAAAAAAUAAGAGUACGGUCGCAAUAGCUUCACUAUAUUUAUUUGCUGGGAUGACAGGGCAUUAGGGGUGUCUUCUUCUAUAGGGGUCGUUAUUGGGUUUGGUCACAGUUUGACCCAUUAGCACUUGAAAUGCAUUGUAAUACAUUGUAUUACAUUGUAUUACAUUGUACUUAUUCCUUGAUGAAUCAGUAAAACCAUAGAGUUGUGAGGUGGAUUGGGGCAGUCUAAGGAGUACCAGGCGGGAUGGUUUUGGGCAGUAUAAAGACUAUUGGUAAAAAUACCGAGGUUUUUUUUUCUUCUCCA